GACUGUAAACAGCAAAUCGAAGAUUUCCUUUGGUACUUGGGACAAUAGUUGGCAUCUUUUUUUUUCUCUCCGCGUUUCCACCGUCUUGAAUCAUGUCCUCUUAACCUAGAUUGCAUAAAUAACCCAAAAAAAAAAAAUUCCGAGCUUGGUCAAGGCUACGCAGAUUACCUACCCGUCAAGAUUUUGAGCUCCCGCUUUCUUGCUGCUUUAACUACGCAAAAGAAGAACGCGGCAAUGGCAACACCACGCCUACCCUCUUUACUGCGCCAAUUGAAAUGCGCUAGAGCACCGCAAAGACGGCACUUUGCCGCAUCGCGCGAAGUCGUCGACCUGGCGUACGACCUACACGAGCCGCCCAAAGACGUCCCCCGGAAUAAUCCCAUCGUCUUCAUACACGGCUUCUUCGGCUCCAAGAAGAACAACAGGUCCAUGAGCAAGGUGCUCGCAAAGGAACUUGGCCGUCCCGUCUACGCUCUGGAUCUUCGCAACCACGGCGAUUCGCCCCACCACCCCGUCCACGACUACCGCAUCCUCGCGGCUGACAUAUCGAACUUUCUCUCGAAGCACAAGAUAAAGGAUCCGACGCUGAUAGGCCACUCCAUGGGCGCGAAAGCGGCCAUGUGCGUCGCCCUCCAGUCCCCCUCUUCGGUAAAGAAUCUCAUCCCCGUGGACAAUGCUCCCGUGGACGCGAAUUUCAAGAGCGACUUCGCGCUCUACCUUCAAGGGAUGAGGGAUGUUGCCAAGGCACGUCCGAAGCGGCAGAGCGAGGCCGAUGAGAUCCUGAAACCCUACGCUAAGGAACUUUCGGUCCGCCAGUUCUUGCUCACAAAUCUUAUUCGGUCGCCGUCGAACAAAGAAGAAUUGGUGUGGCGGGUUCCCAUCGACAUCCUCGCCAAAUCGCUGGACGCGAUGAUGGAUUUCCCCUACACCAAUCCAGACGAGAUUCGCUAUGAGGGACCGACUUUGUUCAUCCGGGGGACUAGGAGUCACUACGUUGCAGACGAGACGCUGCCUGUUAUAGGACGCUUUUUCCCAAGGUUUGAACUGCAAGAUAUUGAAGCCGGACAUUGGGUUAUAAGUGAGAAACCAGAGGAGUUCCGGCGAGCUGUGGUGUCAUGGUUACAGGACAAAGAGUAGGAGUGAAUCACAAAGGCGCUUGGAACCACUGUAUAGUUUUAUCGUCUCACAAUCCAAUGUCAAGAGUAAAUCAAAGCCUUUUGUCGGCUUAAAAUUGCUUUCACCGGUUAUAUAUCACGUAAAGCAUGUAUUGAAACGCCUCUGAUAUGCCUAUAACCCGG